AUGGUGGCCAGGAUGAUGCGGUGGCCCCCGUGGCCACCCCUUCACUCCAAGAACUUCCAGGUCAAGCUCGUACUCCUUCGUCUUGAAGCCCCGCUUGGCCUGCAGGGGCCAGACGAUUUGGCUGGAGGGGCGCCGACGGGACAGGAGGCCAACGCGGAGGCCGCUGCCCCGGAGAAGAAGAAGGUGUUGACGGCGGAGGUCAGGUGGAAGGGACCGAAGACGACGCUGACCUCCCUAAGGAGGCCGUCCAUCAAGCGGAACUGUACCAGGGCGCUGGAAGCCCUGGACCUGCGACCCUUGAAAGAAGGGGAAGAAGGGGAGGAAGGUUUCCUUUCCGGCGUUGUGUCGGUCGUCGAGUGGAACGAGGAGUUCCGGAGCGUCUGCUGCCUCACGUCCCACAAGCAUAACGCGUACCAUCCAUGGGAGGUUGCUUUCUCUGUGCUCGAUUCCAAUGUGAGUUGCAUCUUCUCUUCUCUUCUCUUCUCUUCUCUUCCCCUCCCCUCCUCUCCUUUCCGUACUGCUUCGCCGUGGAUUCCCCCCCUCUUUCGUGAACACAGCAGAGAAAGGAUGCGUGGGAGAUAUAUUCGGUACUGCUGCAGCGUUCUGGUCUCUAGUCUACAUUUCUAAUCAAUUUUUAUAAUUCAUGUUUUUUGUUCUUCAGAGGAUUAGUUAGUCAUACUUCUGAUGUGCUUGGAAUCGCCUGUUUCUACUUCUAUCCAUGAGCUCAAUCUAUCUGCACGGAUGCCUCGGCCAUGGAUCCAUCCCCCUCUCCCCCCUGCAUUGGCCUUUGACUGCUUGGGCAAAAUUAGAAAAAUCCCCUUGUGGGUUGCAAGUAAAUCCGCAUCGAAUUCUUUGGAGCUGAAACAGUUUCCGUUUUGGUGCUAAAUAACUCCUCAUGAAAUCAAUUGGGAUCAAAACGAUUCCCAUUCUGGUUGUAAAUCCUCCCUCCCGUGAAUUUAUUGGAGCUCAAACCCUUUCCAUUCUGAUUCUGCAUCCGCAUUCUCCUCGGAUUCUUUGGAACUGUAUGUAGCAAAACGAUUUCCUUCCCCAACUCCUGAAUUUUUCGGGGCUCAGACCAUUUCCAUUCUGAUUCCGCUUCCGCAUUCUCCUCGGAUUCUUUGGAGCUGUAGCAAAUUCCAUAUUGAGUAGUGAGCCUAUCCUCUCUGAAUUCAAUGGGACCAGAACACCUUCCGCUUGGGCACUAAAUAAAUCCUCAUUGAACCUUUACCGGUGAUAUAUAUACUGCACUAAUCGAAUUCGGUUGUCCUCUUGUGCUUAUCUUAUCUAUCUUGCCCCCAGACGUACUCCUCUUCCCCGAGUGAUUUCUACCAAGUUCCUUUCCCCGGGACCGGAGUCAUGUCAUCUCUCAGUGUUUGACUAAGCGCAUUCUUCAUCUGGAUCCUCUUCCAGCUGUUUUAGAUGUUGCUGCAGAAGUUUAUCGGAUGCAUUCGUCUCGAAUUGUGCCAUGAUUUGCUGUCUGAUUCUUACCUCCAACAGGGAGGACCGAGCCGCCGCAAGAUGUUUGUCAUUGGGUCUGCUUCCUUGAAUUUGUCAGAAUUCGUGUCUGCUGCCGAGGGGAAAGAGAUCCAAAUGAAUAUCCCCUUGGCCACAUCGGGCGCUAUCCCCGAGCCUCCUCUCUCUCUACUGGUAUGUGGUUCUACUGUAAGGAUUAGGGCUUCAGCCCAUCUCUCUCUGUCUCUCUCUCUCCCCCCGUGAUGAUUGAUAGUUGAGAAAGAUCAGGCUGAUCAUGUGGGCUUUCUGACCUCGAGCUUCUCCUCUCUUGCAGAUAUCUCUAAGCCUGAUGGAAAUGAGGCCAGCCGAGGAGUCUUCAGACGCGAGGUCCAUUGUUCCUGUGCCGCUGUCUCCUGCGCCAGUGGAUGCUCUUCACGCCGAGAGAGACGAGCUGUCUGCUCUCAAGGCGGGCUUGAGGAAGGUGAAGAUAUUUACAGAGCUCAUGUCGGCUCGUCGGUCGAAGAAAGCCUGCGGGGAGGACGAGGGUAGCGAGGGGCGCUGCUCUGCAAGAAGCGAGGACGGGGAGCACAGCUCGUGCCCCUUCGACACCGACUCACCGGCGGAGGAGGACGCUGACGAAGGCGACGACCACGCGGAGGAACACAGCAUUAGGAAGUCGUUCAGCUACGGGACGCUGGCCUCUGCAAACUACCUCGGGGGGUCGUGCUACUCGCAGAUGAGGACCAGCGGGGAGUUUGACGAUUGGGUCUACUACAGUCACAGCCGGUCGGACGUCGGCUCCUCCUCCGCGGCUGCUGCCGGCAAGGCGGCGCCUUUCCUGGAGGUGCCUUCCUCCUCUCUGCAGCCGUCUAGGAGGAGCAUCCUCCCCUGGAGGAAGAGGAAGCUGAGCUUCAGGUCUCCAAAGGCCCGCGGGGAGCCUCUCCUGAAGAAGGCCUAUGGAGAAGAGGGCGGCGACGACAUCGACUACGACCGCCGCCAGCUCAGCUCCUCCGACGAAUCCCUCAUGGUGGGUGGGCCGCGUUGACGAUUUUUUUCUCCUCCAGUUGAUACCAUUGAUGGAUGACAUGGUAUGGAAUGGCAUAGAAUGAUUGUUUACCUACUUCUCAUGCAGUUGCCGCCCAAGGAGGGUCAUGAAGCUGCUGGUGCUGGCGCUGCAGGAGCAGCUGGGCAGCAGGUGCUGUGCGGGUCCGAGUUUGGAGAUGAAGGGUUCGCUGUGGGUAGCUGGGGGGAGAAGGAGGUGGUAAGCAGGGACGGACGCAUGAAGAUCCGCACGCAAGUGUUCUUUGCGUCCAUCGACCAGCGGAGCGAGCAGGCCGCCGGCGAGAGCGCCUGCACCGCCCUGGUGGCGGUGGUCGCCGACUGGCUGCAGGCCAACGGAGACGCCAUACCCAUCAAGUCCCAGUUCGACAGCCUCAUACGCGAGGGCUCCCGCGAGUGGCGCAACCUCUGCGAGCACGAGGCCUACCGGCAGCGCUUCCCUGAUCGCCACUUUGACCUCGACACCGUCCUCCAUGCCAAGAUCCGCCCCCUCUCCGUCGCCGCCGGCAAGUCCUUCGUCGGCUUCUUCCACCCAGAGGGAACAACGACGACGACGACGACGACCGGCAGUGAUGGCGGCGGCGGUGCUGAUGGCUCUGGAUUCGACUUUCUCCAGGAAGCCAUGUCCUUUGACAGCAUCUGGGACGAGGUCAGCCGGGCGGCGACGGAGCAGCGGAGCCGCCCAGCUCCCGGCGGUGGGAGCCCGCAGCAGCAGGUCUACAUCGUGAGCUGGAACGACCACUUUUUCGUCCUGAAAGUGGAAGAAGCCGCCUACUACAUCAUCGACACACUCGGGGAGCGCCUCCACGAGGGCUGCAACCAGGCCUACAUCCUCAAGUUCGACGACGCCACCACCAUCUCCCUCCUAUCACCUCACCAGAAACCCGCCGCCGCCGGAGAAGCAGUGGUGGCCCAACCCGAGACCCUUCAGCAGGCCGGCGGAGUCGCCGGCGCCGUCGAGGAGGAAGUGGCAGCGGAAACGGAAGAAGUGGAAGCGGAAGAGGAGGUGGUGGUGUGCAGAGGCAAGGAGUCCUGCAAGGAGUACAUCAAGAGCUUCCUGGCGGCGAUCCCCAUCCGGGAGCUCCAGGCCGACGUCCGGAAAGGCCUGAUGGCCUCCACCCCGAUCCACCACCGUCUGCAGAUCGAGUUCCACUUCACCGAACCCUCCUCUCCGCCGCCGCCGGAGUCGCCCGAGCAGAGGGCUUCCUCCCUUGUAUAG